CUCCUCCUCUCCUCUCCUCUCCUCUCCUCCCUCUCCUCUCCUCUCUCCUCCCUCUCCUCUCCCCUCUCUCGCUCCGCGGGGCCUGGGGGAGCGCGUGUGUCGCGGCCCAGAGAGGCGAUGCGGGCGUGGGGGGUCUGCAGGCCCUGGCGGGGGUGCUGCUGGUCGUGGGGGCCCUUGUUCCCCGGGGCGGGGGGGGUGGUGGCCCUGGAGGACAUGUACCCCUUCGGCCCAGAGCAGGGCGACACGAGGACCAGCGCCCAGGACGACGGGGGGUCCGGCCUGGUGGAGAUCUCCCUGGGGUUCCCCUUCUUCGGGGACAAGCACAACGGCCUCUAUGUGAACAACAACGGACUGGUGUCCUUCCUGCGGGAGGUGUCCCAGUUCACCCCGGUGGCGUUCCCCAUCGCCGGGGACCGCCGCGUGGUGGCGCCCUUCUGGGCCGACGUGGACAACCGGCGGGCGGGGGAGGUGUUCUACCGCGAGAGCCUGGACCAGGGCACCCUGCAGCGGGCCACGGCCGACGUCAGGACCUACUACUCCGAGUUCCCCGGGUUCAGCGCCACCUGGGUGCUGGUCUCCACUUGGCACCGCGUCACCUUCUUCGGAGGGAGCGCUGUCACUCCGGUCAACACCUUCCAGGUGGUCCUGAUCACAGACGGAGAUCUGUCCUUCACCAUCUUCCAGUAUAACAACAUCACCUGGACCACCGGCAUGCAUGCCAGCAGCGGGGGUGACGCAGCCGGCCUGGGGGGCAUCGCCGCACAGGCAGGUUUCAACGCCGGCGACGGGAAGCGUUACUUCAACAUCCCGGGCUCGCGGACCCCGGACGUGGCGGGCUUGGAGGGGACCACCAACGUGGGGCACCCCGGGAGAUGGGUGUUCCGGAUCGACGACGCCGAGGUGGAAGUGGGCGGCUGCAACGACUCUGCCUCCGUGUGUCAGCACCUGCGGCCGUGCGUGAACGGAGGCCGCUGCAUCGACGACUGCAUCACGGGAAACCCCUCCUUCACCUGCUCCUGCCUUGCAGGCUUCACCGGCCGGACUGCCAGAUCGACGUGGACGAGUGCUCCUCCGGGCCCUGCCAGAACGGGGGCACCUGCCUGGACCGCGUCAACGGGGUCUCCUGCACCUGCCCCCCGGGGUUCAGCGGCCUGCUCUGUGAGACAGACGUGGACGAAUGCGGGGACACACCGUGCCGUAACGGGGGUGUGUGCAUCCAGGGCGCCGGCUCCUUCAGCUGCACGUGCACGCCAGGCUUCACAGGCACGCUGUGUGAGACAGGUGAGCCGGGGACACAGAGGUCGCGCCGGGGUCACUGAGGUCACACCGGGGUCACAGAGAUUGGACGAGUGCGCGUCGCAGCCGUGUCUGAACGGCGGGGAGUGCCUGGACCGGGUGGCGGCCUUCGCCUGCGUCUGCCCUCCGCUGUUCACCGGGGACCGCUGUGAGACAGAGAUCCUCGCCGUCCAGGUCAACUCAACGCAGGGCUGACAAUCAAACAGAGGCGUGUGCCGGAGAGGAUUGUGGGAAGCGGCAGACCUGUGAUCAGACCCGUGAGGGAGCGGUCAACUGCACCUGCAGCCCGGGUUUCUACGGAGACAGCUGUGAAGGUAGGCCCCCGUCCCCCCCUCCGGUCCUGUAUGGACCCCCAGGGGGUGGGGAGGGGAGUGGCCAGGGGGGAGAGCAUCACCCCCCGCCCC